AUGUUUCUGCUCUCUUCACAUGUUUUCCAGCUCGUGACGACCAUAGAUCAACGGCGACACUUAUUGAGACAGAUAGGAUGGAUAGCUUUGAUCAUCUUCUUGUCUUUGUUUGAAAUUUCAAACUCCCAAAACCAAAGUGAUGGUCCAGAAUCAACACAAGUCUUGCAGUUACAUUACCAAGAUGGACAUGUGGUGCUGGACAAUGGAAUUUUCCAACUAACUUUGUCAACUCCUGAGGGAUUUGUCACCGGGAUCCAGUACAAUGGUAUAGAAAAUGUGCUCGCGUACACCGGCCAUGAAGAUGAUAGAGGUUACUGGGACUUGGUGUGGAAUUUUCCUGGAAAAACGGAUAAAAAGACCAAAGGCACAUUGGACCGGAUUGAAGCAACAAAGAUGGAAGUGAUAACGCAGAACGAUGACCAGAUAGAGUUAUCGUUUUCAAGGAAAUGGAAUGCUUCUUCAAAGACGUCUGUUCCAGUGAAUAUAGACAAGAGGUUUGUAAUGCAGCGAAACUCGUCCGGGUUCUACAGUUACGCCAUCUUUGAGCGGUUAGAAGGGUGGCCCGCUGUUGAACUUGAUAACAUCCGAUUAGCUUUUAAGCUAAACCAGGACAAGUUUCAUUACAUGGCGAUUUCAGAUGACAGGCAAAGGUAUAUGCCUCUGCCAGAGGAUCGAACACCACCUCGAGGUCAACCUCUUGCUUAUCCCGAGGCUGUUCAACUUCUCGACCCUAUGGAGCCCGAGUUUAAAGGAGAGGUGGAUGACAAGUAUGCCUACUCAAUGGAGAGUAAAGACAUAAAAGUUCACGGAUGGAUAAGUACAAAUGACUCGGUUGGUUUCUGGCAGAUCACUCCAAGUAACGAGUUCCGAUCUGCCGGUCCUCUCAAGCAGUUCCUAGGCUCACAUGUCGGUCCAACCAACCUCGCGAUAUUUCACAGCACUCACUACGUUGGAGCAGAACUAAUCAUGUCAUUCAAAGAAGGAGAAGCAUGGAAGAAAGUGUUUGGACCUGUCUUUAUUUAUCUCAACUCUUUCCCUAAACGAGUUGAUCCUCUGCUUCUCUGGCAUCAAGCCAAAAACCAGACAAAGAUUGAAGAAGAGAAGUGGCCUUAUAACUUCACCGCUUCAAGUGAUUUUCCUGCAUCUGACCGAAGAGGAUCUGUUAGCGGUAGAUUACUCGUCAGAGAGCGAUACAUAAGUAGUGAGGAUAUACCUGCAAAUGGUUCCUACGUGGGCUUGGCUGCACCAGGACAUGUUGGCUCAUGGCAAAAAGAAUGCAAAGGCUAUCAAUUCUGGUCUAAGGCCGACGAAAAAGGAUACUUUUCUAUCAAGAAUGUGAGAAGUGGUCGUUACAAUCUCUAUGCAUUUGUUCCUGGAUUCAUCGGUGACUACCACAAGGAGACCGUUUUCGACAUUUCUCCAGGUUCGAAUAUUAGCCUAGGGGAGUUGGUGUAUGAACCUCCUAGAGACGGUGUAACUCUAUGGGAAAUCGGUGUACCAGACCGAACCGCUGCCGAGUUCUACAUUCCUGAACCGAACCCGAAUUUCACAAACAAGCUUUACCUAAACCGUGCUGAUAACAAAUACCGACAAUAUGGCUUAUGGGAGCGGUAUGCAGAAUUGUACCCCGAUCAAGAUAUGGUCUACAACGUCGACGUUGAUGAUUACUCUAAAAACUGGUUCUUCAUGCAAGUCACAAGGAAGCAACCAGAUGGUGGAUAUAACGGUACUACAUGGCAGAUCAAAUUUCUACUCGACGAUAAAAUGAAAAACUUCACCGGAAAUUUCACACUGCGAAUCGCUCUAGCCACAUCAAAUGUAGCGGAAUUGCAGGUUCGGGUGAAUGAUUUUUCAGUGGAUCCUCCAUUGUUUACGACAGGGCAAAUAGGCAAAGAUAACACAAUAGCAAGACAUGGUAUUCAUGGACUCUACUGGCUAUACAGUGUGAAUAUGCCUUCUUCUUCUCUUCGCCAAGGAAAGAACACCAUUUAUCUAACCCAACCGCUUGCCAAGAGCCCUUUUCAAGGACUCAUGUAUGAUUAUAUUCGUCUCGAAUGUCCUGAUUCCGUCAAUCAUAUCACUAGAUCAUAG